AUGAAAGAAGCACUACCAAAAAAGCGGCUCUUAGCCACGGCGCGCAUUAAAUUUCACUCCCUUAAAUUUUUUUCAUUUGCCCCCAUUUCUUUGGGUUUUUUACUAGUUUCCUCUUUUCUAAAUCUAAAUUUCAAGCUCAAAUAUCAGCGUCUCUUCCUUCUUCACUUCAAAUCGACUGGACUUAUUCACCCAAAAUUUACCUGCUUCAUUGUCUCUUGCUUUGGGUAUUUCCAAUCAAUCUAUCAUAUAAGUAUUGCGUUGGAUAAGAUUUGGUUCGAGAGCUUGACGGAUAAGAGCAAGCUCGAUGCUCAGCCUAAACUCUUCAUUCAACUUGUUUCUGAUAAGGCCAAUAAGACUCUUUCCAUUAUUGACAGUGGUAUUGGCAUAACCAAAGCAGAUUUGGUUAACAAUUUGGGUACAAUUGCGAGGUCUGGGACAAAGGAGUUUAUGGAAGCUCUACAAGCUGGGGCUGAUGUGAGCAUGAUUGGUCAAUUUGGUGUGGGUUUCUAUUCUGCUUACCUCAUAGCAGAGACAGUUAUCUUAACAACCAAGCACAACGAUGAUGAGCAAUAUAUCUGGGAAUCACAAGCUGGUAGUUUUACUGUUACAAGGGAUGUUAAUGGAGAGCAAUUAGGCAGAGGAACUAAAAUCACUCUCUUCCUCAAGGAAGACCAGGAUCUAACUUGUCAGUCCAUUAAUGGUCUAAUUUCCUUCGACUUCGACUUCAACUCAUGCUUAUGUGAAUAUGGAAAGGAUUAAUCAUACUGUGUAAUGAAACUUUGAUCAUUAUAGCAAUGAUUUAUGUAUUAUGUUCAGUGUGUUGGUAAAUGCUCACCAGUUCGGUAGUGAUAUUGGGAAAUUAAUGAUUUUUUUUUAAAAAAAAUGUAUACUUUUGCCACGGUUUGAAUCGUGGCUAUCGUUAAUGUGAAUUGAACAUAUUAGCCACGGUUUCUCGUGUGGCUAAUUAAAAAUUAAAAAUUUAUUUA